AUGGGUGCCUGUGGCAGCAAAGAGGCCGGCGGCGCCAGCGAUGUCGAUACGGAACAGAAGAAACGCAGUCAGGCGAUAGACAGGAAGUUGGAGGAAGACUCGAAAAAAUUGAGGCGAGAGUGCAAAAUUCUACUUCUAGGAUCUGGCGAGUCCGGGAAGUCGACGAUUGUCAAACAAAUGAAGAUCAUACAUCAGAAUGGUUAUACACAGGAAGAAAGAGCUUUGUACAGAUUAACAAUAUACAAAAACUUGGUAGACUGCAUGAAAGCACUGGUCACUGCUAUGCAGCAAUUCGAGAUCGAGCCAGAAAGUGAUAGGACGAAAGAAGCAAUCAAUUUGCUCGAAAAAUACAAUGUUGAUCCCGACCCUGAUACAACUCUCGAUCCCAAGGUCGCAGACUGGGUUGCCACGAUAUGGCACGACGAUGCUGCGGCAAAAACGAUGGAAAGGCAGAGUGAAUUCUACUUGAUGGAUUCCGCAAGAUACUUCUUUGACGAAGUGAAAAGGAUCGCUGCACAGGACUAUAUACCGGACGAGGCCGAUGUGCUAAGAGCACGAACCAAAACCACAGGUAUAUACGAAACAAGGUUUACAAUGGGCCAGCUCAGCAUACAUAUGUUCGAUGUUGGUGGCCAAAGGUCAGAACGAAAGAAGUGGAUACAUUGCUUUGAAAAUGUCACUUCGAUCAUCUUCUGUGUAGCACUAAGUGAGUAUGACCAAGUCUUACUCGAGGAAGCAAAUCAGAACCGCAUGAUGGAAAGUCUCGUCCUCUUCGAUUCUGUAGUCAACUCUAGGUGGUUCAUGAGAACGAGUAUUAUUCUCUUUCUCAACAAAGUGGACUUGUUCAAGGAGAAACUGGAACGUUCACCUUUGGGGAACUAUUUCCCAGAUUAUUCUGGCGGCAACGACGUAAAUCGGGCUGCCAAAUACCUCCUUUGGCGGUUCAACCAGGUCAACCGCGCUCAUCUCAACCUUUAUCCUCACCUCACGCAAGCGACAGAUACCACCAACAUUCGACUCGUCUUCGCGGCUGUGAAAGAAACCAUCCUCCAGAACGCGUUGAAGGACUCUGGAAUUUUAUGA